AUGGCGACUCCCAUGCAUCGUCUCAUAGCCCGGAGACAAGCUGAAGCAAAUAAGCAACAUGUAAGAUGUCAGAAAUGCUUGGAAUUUGGACAUUGGACUUAUGAAUGUACAGGAAAAAGAAAGUACCUACAUAGGCCUUCAAGAACAGCAGAACUAAAGAAAGCUUUAAAAGAAAAAGAAAACAGAUUAUUAUUACAACAAAGCAUUGGAGAAGCUAAUGUAGAAAGAAAGACCAAGAAGAAAAGGUCUAAGAGCGUAACCAGUUCCAGUAGCAAUAGCAGCGACAGUUCAGCCAGUGAUUCUUCAUCAGAGAGUGAAGAGACGUCUACCUCAUCUUCCUCAGAGGACAGUGACUCUGAUGAAAGCUCCUCCAGUUCAUCAUCUUCUGCCUCCUCCACAAGCUCCUCCUCAUCCUCUGAUUCAGACUCAGAUUCCAGCUCUUCCAGUAGUAGCAGCACCAGCACAGAUAGUAGUUCUGACGAUGAACCACCAAAGAAGAAGAAAAAAAAAUAGA